GAUACUGUGCCACUUCCGCUUCAUAACUUGGUGAAUGGCGGCGAAUGUUGCUCGGCUUGCUCGUCUGACCUUGUUUUCCGGUCCCAAUUGCUCUCUCUGUGAUGUAAGGUAUCAGUUCGUAGCUACUGGCUAUGGCGCUCAUGAACCUUCCACAGACGGCCAAGGCAGAGCUUGCCAAAGUGCAUCAACGACGACCAUUCCAACUCGAGACGAUCAAUAUCCAGGACAAGGGCCAGGAGAAGUGGAAGCGCAAAUAUGUGUAUUGGAUCCCGGCCCUGCACAUCGAAGGCAAAGAAGUCGCGAAAGGACGUUGGGACGCUCAAGUUGUGAACGAAGCUCUAGACGAAUGGGAGAAGGAUCAGGGUUCAGCGGGCACGAACAAGGCUAUGGGAUAGACAACCCUAUUCCUGAUAUUUUGCCCGUUUAUGUUGAUGUUGAGCCUCGUUAUGGCCUUGAUGCAGUCGUUUUUCCUCCCUCGUAUGACUCUUACGGCACAGCACUUGGGGCAUACGAAGAUGACACGAACGAUCGACGCUCCCGGCGUUGCUUCAAUUGUGGCUCUCUCGAUCACGCAGUCUCAGAAUGUCCUACACCUCGCAACCCAGGUCUUAUAUCAUUGUCGAGGCAGUACUACGAGUUCUACAAGGACGACAACGGUUUAUCUAGCCAUCGCUUGCACGAAGUUGAAGACUGGCGACGACAACGCAUCGAAUGGCUGGAAACCUUUGAACCUGGUCAGGUCAAGGGCGAACUACUUCGAGACGCGCUUGGUCUACAAGAGGGAGAUACCGGAGAGCACGUUGAGUGGCUGCGUAACAUGGCCGUUUGGGGAUAUCCUAAAGGUUGGGUCGGGUCCGUAGACCCUCGCCUACGCGUAUGGAAACGCAUCAUGCGCGAAGAUGACGACGCAGAUGCUCAGUCAGAGGUGCCAGAAGAAAUAACAAUAUUUGGUGAGGAGGGCGAGGAAGAGGAUGUUCUCCUUCCUCCAGAUACCCUCAUGCGUCCGAACUUUUCAUCCUUUGACGAAGGCGAAGCUUCUUCUAGUACUCUCUCUGAUAACCAUUCAUUAUCGGAGGAUUGUGCAAUCGAAGAUGAGAGUUCGCGAUCACCUACACACCGCUGGGUCACCUAUCCUGACACGUAUUUCUCUUCGUCUCGACUACCGAUAUACAAUGGUCUAUCGUUACCACCAAUAGGUGUAUCUAUGCCCUUCCCGCCUCGUCCAAACUUCCCAUACCCUCUUCCAGGAGUUCCCAGACUCCAACCAUACGAGCGUCCUUCAUCAUGGCAUGUUCAUGGUAGGUUUGUUCCUCCGCCACCUUUGCCGCCACCCUCGUCACCGCCCCCAUUACCUCCUGGUACGCCUCCACCUCCACCUCCACCUUCUUUUACUCGUCCACAUUUGCCUCCUCUGCCUCCCUUAGACCUUCGUUCGCAUGGUUCUCGUGAUGACCCCAUAUAUAUCUUGGAUGAUUCGGACAUGGAGUUUUCAGAUUCUGAAUAGAUACCUUGUAUAGUAUUCAUAAUAUCCUAUACGCUCAACUACUCGUCUAUGCGUCGCCGUGUCUCAGACUCACAUGGUGAC